AUGGCAUUUUGCGCACUUAUUCAUCGUUUCGCUCCGGACGCAUUCGAUUUCAAUUUGCUGGAUCCUGCAAAUAGACGUGGCAAUUUCGAAUUGGCUUUCAAAGUUGCUGAAGAUCAUGGUGUGGUACCGUUAUUAGAAGUCGAUGAUAUGUUAAUGAUGGGUGAUCGACCCGACUGGAAGUGUGUCUUCACCUAUGUGCAAACGUUUUAUAAAGAAUUUAAGGAUAGACCUUAA